GUGGAAAAGGGGAGACUUCUCUCAAAUAACAAACCAACUCAAGACUGAAAAAACCUUCUUCUUCUUCUUCUUCUUCUUCUUCUUCUUCUUCUUCUUCUUCUUCUUCUUCUUCUUCUUCAGAAGUACUCCUUGAGAGAAGGGGUUGUUUUCGUUUCUUUUGGUCCAUUAAUCUACAAUGGGUUUCUACUAUUCUCCAGUGAGCCAACCUUCUCCUCAUCUAUACCCACAAGAAAUUCAGCUGAAGCUGUACCAGGCUUUCAUUUUCUCAAUCCCAAUUCUCUUCACCAUCAUCCUAGUUCUUCUCUUCUACCUUUUCUACCUCAAGAGGAGAGCCUCCACAUUUUCAUCCUCUCUUCCCACUUCUGCUUCUUCCAAUCAACCUGCUGCUGCUGCUGCUUCCCAUUUGUCUGAUGUUUGUGAGGUUGGUCUGAAAGAGAAGCUCCAAGUUGUGCCGUUUGAUGAAGAAUUGAGGUCAAAGGAAUCACAGUGUUGUGUGUGCUUGGGGGACUUUGAGAUGAAAGAAGAAUUGCUCCAGAUCUCAUCAUGCAGACAUGUGUUUCACAUGGAUUGCAUUCGUCAUUGGCUUCUCAACAACUCUACUUGUCCAAUCUGUAGAUGUUUUGUCAUCCCGACGGCCAACAAGCUCAAUAAUGUUACAUCGCAAUCUAGUGGUGAUGGCACAACUCUUGCGGUGGUGGUGUCGUUGCAGCAGAACAUGGUGAUGAGCUCGGAACAUCAAGCAAGCGUCAGUACGCACGCAGAGCAACGACACCGGCAAGAAGAAGAAGAAGUUGCUACAAGUCCAGGAGUAGAGCAUCGUUCGAUACGUGUCGUUGAAGGGUCAUCUAGCUCACAAUAGCAUUUCUUAAUUAGAGUUACAAUUCUUUUUUAACUUCUAUAUAUGCUAGCUUCAUUUGGUCAAAGAGGGGAUUCUUCAGUAAAAGAGAGAAAGGGGGAAAAAAAUAGGGAUAUCAAGAACAUAGCUAGAGAAAUCAGCAGAGCUAGCUAGCUCAUUCUCUUCCUGAAACAAGUUCAAAUAAAACAGAAGAUGAAGAAGGCAUAUACAAUAUAACACCGUGAUUAUCACAAUGGGAAGAAAGGUUAAAUUCAG